CACGGCCCUGCCCCUCGCGGCCCUGCCCACACGGCCCCGUAAGGCCCCGCACGGCCCCGGGAGGGACGCACGGCUGCGGCGCCGACACAUCAGAGGAUUACAGAUGGAAAAGGCAAAGCCGAGAAAAGCCUUCUAAGUAUUACAGAAUAAGGAAAUAUGGCUCGAAUGGAGUUUCCUGUGCUGUGUAAAUGCUGUGAAGUUUUGUAAUGGCAGAAGCUAGGUCUUCAGGAAUCAAAAGAUCCCAAAUAAGUUUGUCACUGAGUAAAAGUAAGAAGAAAAAAGGAACGCCAUCUAUACCUUCAGCAUCCUCCUCUAUUACUUCCUUUUUUAACAAUGUUCCCCCUGCCAAAAUUAGCUGUCCCGUGUGUGGGCAAUUGGUGCCAAGGUAUGGAAUAAAUGAGCACAUGGAUGAAACAUGUCAGAGAAACUGUGGUGAGAUUGGUGCCAUUGGUGCUAUGCUGGGCCCUCUGAAGAAUAAGAGCCCCCCAGCUGCAAAUGUAACCAAUAAUUCCAGCUCAUACUUUUCAAAAAACAUCUUAAACCUAGAAACAAGUCCCUCCAAAAGCAGUUCACUGAAAACAGAAGGUAGUGCAGCACAACAGAUUAGUCCUUAUUUUAGCAAUAAUAGCUCAGUCAUUAGUGUUAACAAUGAAUCACAGGCCCAAACAGUCAAAAUAGUCUCUUUGGGAAGCUUGUCAUCGAAACUGUCCAGAAGACGUUGUGCCCAGGGAGGAAAACAGGUUGUGUAUAAAGAGAUUGACUCUUCACCUCCUGCUGUUCACAGUCUGUGUAGAAAUGCUGCAGCACAGGAUGAUGAUGAUGAUGAUAUUUAUGCUGGGCAUAGUUCUCAGAAAGAAAAGGAGCUUGCACAGAGAGAGCACCAGGAAAAAAAUUUUUCAAAGAGGAAACCUGAAUUUCAAAAAGAAAGAAACCUAUGUAAUCGAGAAGACCUUGUGGAUAUAGUUCAGGUAUCUCUACCAGCUGAUAACAAUGACAAAGAAUUCCCAAGUGGUACAAAGAGGACCAAACCAGAAAGCAGGUCUGAAGGUGUGACACUUAGUCCUGAUAAAUUUGAAACACCUCUAGCCAUUUAUACUUCACCAGAGCUGGCCAGUAAUUUGGAAGUCAAGACUCAGCCUCACACCCAGGUUAUUCCUUCUUCCAAGACAGAAGUGAACUGUGAUACACAAAAUUGCUGUAGCGAGGGUGAUGCGCAGAUACUUCCUGUGGAAGUUCUUGAAGACUUUAAGGAUGAGAUGAAUUAUACUAUGUUAGAAACUACGGGAAAAGAAGAAUUUCAGAAUUCCACUGGGGUCGUUUUAGACAAAAUAGAUAAGGUUCACUCUGUGCCCAGCUCUCCUGGUCACCCAUACUACCUCCAGAAUUUUUUACUAGUGCUUCAAGCAGUCUUAGAGAAUGAAGAUGAUGUCAGACUAUUUGAUGAGCAAGAUAUGAACAUCAUAACCAAGUUCUACAAAUUAUCAGUUGGUGGGCAGAAGUUAUAUGUGAGACUUUUUCAACGCAAGCUGAACUGGUUAAAGGUGAACAAAAUAGAGUAUGGAGAGAUAAGUGUGGAUUUGUCACCAAUGAUUAAAGAACUGGCUGAAGCCAGAUUUCUGCAAACAGAAUCCGAACUGGAAGACCUGUGUGAAGGUUUGGAUUUGCUUUCAGCCCCUGAACUAAAAGCAUUGGCAAAGAUCUUUCACUUGCCAAACCCAAAUGGUCAGAAACAGCAACUUGUGGAUGAUUUUCUGAGGUUGGCAAAACAGCGUUCAGUAUUCAGCAGGAGUCAGGCUGGUGUUGGGACAGUGAUCUUAAAAAGGGUGAAGGACUUGGCUGGAAAAUGUGUGAGGGUGUGUAAAGGCCCUCGGGCCGUGUUCUCCCGGGUCCUGCUGCUGUUCUCGCUGCCGGAGGCGGUGGAGGAGGAGGAGGCCGGGAGUGCUGGGCAGGGCCAGCUCUGCACGGUGCUCCUGGCCAGCAUGGGCCGGGCCGUGUUCCCCACCUACACCGUGAGCAGGAGCACCCAGGUCUUCCAGGACAGAGACGAUCUCAUCAGAUAUGCAACUGCUGCUCAUCUGUCAUAUGAUAUAGCCACUGCAAUGGUAAAUGGGCACUGGGAAGAAGCUCAUAAUCUAUAUUUGUAUGCUAAACAAACCUGGAGCGAACUGAAAAAUCACCCCUCUUUAAGCUAUCACAGAGUUUUACCGGAGUAUCUGCGACGUUUCACAGUGGGCUGGGUGUAUACAAGAAUCCUUUCUCACGGUGUUGAAAUUUUGCAGAGGCUUCACAUGUAUAAGGAGGCCGUGCAGGAGCUGCAGACCCUCCUGGCUCAAGAUGUGUACUGUGCUGACAGCAGAGGGAGAUGGUGGGACCGUCUGGCUCUCAAUCUACAUCAGCACCUGAAAAACACUAUGAAGGCCGUGGGCUGCAUUAGGAAGGGGCUGGCAGACCCCUGUGUCCGCACUGGGCACCGUCUGUCCCUCUACCUGCGGGCCCUGCGCAUCAGAGACUCGCCGAGCUGCAGGCAGGUCAGGGGCCUGCUCCAGGAGCUGCCAGUCAUCACUGUGCAGGAUGUGCCACAUGUUACAAUCAAUGGAAAGAUGUGUCCUCAGACGGGAAUGGGAAAAUCCGUAUUUCUCAUGGAGGAUGUUGGUGAUGAAGAAGGAGGCGAAGGCUGCAGUGUAUCCACAGUCAUGUGCUCAGUUGAGGAGCUGGCAUUAACUCAUUACAGGAGGAAUGGUUUUGAUCAGGGUAUUCAUGGGGAAGGCUCAACGUUUCUUACACUGUAUGGGAUUCUAAUGUGGGAUAUCAUUUUCAUGGAUGACAUACCCGAUGUUUUUAGAAAUUCCUAUCAGACGUCCCCCCUGGAUUUGUACACUGACAGCUUCUAUGAGAGCAGGAGGGAUGUCAUCGAGGCCAGACUGCAGCAGCUGCACUCAGCCUCCCCAGAGACACUGGCAAAGUUGAUUGCUGACGUCUGGACCACUCAGGAGGGAAAAGCAGCAGCACUAGUGAGCUGGGGACGUUUUAUUUCCCUCCAGCAAGCCCAGAGCCUUGUCUCCUGCCUUGGAGGAAUGUUCCUGAGCGGUGUUUUCAGGCGACUGUCCAAAGACCUGCGUCACUGCCGGGGAGGUCUGCCUGACCUGGUCGUGUGGAGCACACACACCCAGCACUUCAAGCUGGUGGAGGUGAAGGGCCCCAAGGACCGGCUGUCGCCCAAGCAGAUGCUGUGGCUGAGCGAGCUGCAGCGCCUGGGAGCGGCCGUGGAGGUGUGUCACGUGCAGGCCGUGGGGGGCAAGAGCCAACGCCUCAGCUGACAAACAGCACAAAGCAUACUAUGGUGCACUUUGAGAAGACUGAUUUACUGCACAUCACUUUGGGUUCAGAAGAGCAGAGCCUUUCUCUUCCAUCCACAGUUCAUAACUUAUUCUAUGAGAGGUAAUCCAGGGGGUUUGCCCAGUGAAGAAAAACAGCUGCCAUCACACUUGUACCUCCUGAGAACAUCCUGUUCAAUAUAAAAUCUGGGGCAUCAAGUCCUGGUCGUUUCUGUGUUGCCUGUGUAGCUCAAAUUCAUCCUAGUGUGCAAAUUUCCUUGCAAGGCAAGCACAGCACCUUUACAGGAGUGUCAGGUUCUCUCCUUGCCCCCACUUAGUACUAUGUGUUUGAAUUUUGCACUUGAAUGUAAAAAAAUACAGGUGCUCAGUGAUGGCAGAGAGCAAGGCAUAAAACUUCAAUGCUCUUUUAAUGCACUGCUCUGUAUGAAAGGACAAUUUAUUUAACAGGCCCUUCUGCUGUAAAUAUCUGUAUUACCUGUGUAAAGGGAAAUGUUUCUGGUAGAGAUGGGAGUUGGUCAGUGCCAACGUGACCACACUCAUUUGCAGCGUGUCACUCAUUACAGUCAGUUUUACCCCACAUGAAUUGAUGUGUUUGCUCACUCAGAAAUAUGUCAGUCACUUGGAAUAGAAUUAAAAAGAUUAUUUCCCUUUUAGGACACCAGAAUCCUGCAGGUUUCUCUCAAUUUUAACACGCAGCCGACAUCUCUUCUCUGGAGUCUUCAUUCUCAUACUGCUUUUAGAAAUUCUGCUUACCAUGCAAACAGCAGACUCUGUAAUAGAAUACAGCAAGGAAUAAAGAUAAUUUGCACAUUAUUUUUAUUAA